UGUCAGGUUAAAAUGUAUACGUUUGCAGUACUGUUACUGGUAGGAUGUGUAGUUUCAUCACCAACGCUAAAAAGCUUAGAUAAUGUAAGAAUAGUGGGUGGUGAAGACAUCGACAUCUCGUCUGCGCCGUACCAGGUAUCAAUCGCGUUCAGAGGGCGCCACUCCUGCGGAGGAACUAUAGUAGCCAAUGACAUUGUUGUGACUGCCGCCCAUUGUCUUAUGGGAGCCAACCCCUCAGACUACACCAUCCGGGCUGGCUCCUCAUCAAGCAUCGAAGGUGGUGACAUUUACCCUGUUGGGAGUUUCGUUGUAAACCCAGACUUCAGUUAUAUGAAGAUGGAUAGCGAUAUAGCCCUUAUUUGGCUUGCCAAGCCUUUGGAGUUUAAUGAAAAUGUAGCAGCCAUAGAUAUGGUAGAUGAAGACGAUGAAAUUCCUGAUGGAGCGGACACUGAAGUCACUGGAUGGGGUAAUCUAAUGGAGGGCGGCGGUUUCCCGAAGACCUUGCAAAAAGUUCUAGUCCCAAAGGUGAAUGACCGGCAGUGCUUCAACGCAUACGCUCCCAGCUACAGCAUCACACCUAAUAUGGUGUGUGCUGGUACACCUGAUGGUGGAAAAGAUGCUUGUCAGGGUGACAGCGGCGGCCCCAUGGUAUAUGAUGGCAAGCUGGCCGGCGUCGUCUCUUGGGGUCUUGGGUGUGCGAGACCUGACUACCCAGGAGUUUACGCCAGGGUAUCAGCAUUAAGAAGGUGGCUCGAUGAGCACAUAGCAUAUCUGAGGCUCAAAUACGUGCUAAGAGCCUUCCCUUAGGAUUAGAAAAGAAUAUUUUGUACUUUUAUACAUUUCAAUAAAGAAAAUUGUGAUUUAUUUUU